AAAACCCAACUCUCUUUUCACACGUUUUUAUAACAUAAAAUAAAAAAAAUAAAAAAAACACGAUAGAAGAGUCCAGUUGACGAAAAGAAAUAUUUAAUACACUUGUUAAGUAUACCAGUUUUUUAUAGCAGACAAUUUUGCGAUCAGGUUAUAUAAAUUAAAUUUGGUAAAAGAUUGUCGAUAGAAUGAAUUAAGAAGAGACAAAUAACAAUCUUUCUUGUUACCUGAUAUAUUAGAGUUAAAUAAUUCAUCGUAAAGAUCAAAUGGUAGUAAUCAAAAUGGAUGAAAUUAUCGAUCUGCAUGCAAAGCAAUGUAAUAUAGAAAGUGUGCCACUCGAAAUUCAGGAUAACUACAAAACAGUAACCACGCCAGUCUCACCAUCACACAAUGUGUGUUUCCAUGCAGUAUUGAAGAUCUUCGUGGUUACAUGCAUUAGUAUAUUCUCUUGUGGAACAGUAUUUAUAAAUGAUUGUCGCGAAGAAGUUGGGAUAUCAAUAUAUCUUAUUGUGGUUGGCAUCGUUAUCAUGGCAAUUGUACCAAACCUUGCAGACGGGUUAGCGAACAAAAGCUUCUUGCAGCUAAACAUAUGGAAUAUUGCUUUUGCUUUGUUGAUGGCUAUGUCAUGGAUAAAACUUGCUUUUUCACUUCCUCCAUUUAUUGAUAUUCAUGUGGUUAUGGAGGAUUGGAUGUGUCGUUACAACAGCUUUAUUGCCCACAUUGAAUUUAUUGUUUGGUUUUUUAAUAUUAUUUUAUUUAAUAUUUGUUAUUUUUACUUUCUUUGCAACUUAAAUGAUGUCCCAUCUAGGAACGAAAAAAAAUUAUAAGUGCGCCUUUUUAAAACCAUCUCUGGAAGUUACAUAAAAAUGUAGAUUCCAGCACAUGUCGGGAAAACGUGAAAACAAGAAGAAAACGUUAAUUACUUUGUUGACAAUAUGAAAUUAUACAAUUGCACGUGAUAUAAACGCAACAUUUCAAUUAAAAAUAAAUAGACAGCUUUUUAGGUAAGCUUGGUUUACAAUGCAAGAAGGUUUGAAGCUACUAUUGACGAUACAAAAGCAACGCAAUCUCCCUUGGUUCAAGGUGAGCUGAAGAUAAAAGUCCAAUUUGUUUAGUCUGAUGUUAAGAAACUACCUAUAUUAAAAUCUAAAAUUGAGGAGGUAAUAAAUUCUGUUAAGAAAGAAGUACGUAGAAAAUUUAAAUUUUUUAGACUUUACAGGAAUUUGAAGCCCUAUACAGCGUGAAAGAAGAACUGAAAAAUCUAUUUGAUGAAAGUGAAAGCAAUCAAGAUGCACCUUCAUCUUGAUUGCUUUCACUUUCAUCAAAUAGAUUUUUCCUUCAAGUCUGUAACGACAGAAUUUUAUUGUAUAUACUUCGUGUUUUUUGUGUGUUUGUUUUUUUUAUUUAGCAUUCGCAAAGCGGCUUUCCUAAAACAUAAUUACCCUGUAAAAACGGGAUUAAUUGAAUAAAUUAAGAUAAAAUUUAACUUGUUUUUGUAGUGUUUAAAAAUACGAGUCCUAAUAACGCAACAAAGAAAUAAUAUCGGGGGAAUUAACAGAGGACAGAAAAUAAGGAUAUCUGUAAACGCAAAUUUAAGUCGUUCGCAUUAACCCUACUCAGCCUGUUCUUUUUUAACAUAUUAUGUCCAGAGGGUCGACAUACAUAGAUUACACAAAAAGUUA